AGGAGAGGGCACAUGUUGCCCGAGUGGGAGAAAGCUGGUCACCAGCAACACCACCAAGCACCACCGCAGCCGCGGGAGAAAGUGAACCUCCAUCUCGGAAUCUCCCACCGCCUCGAGAUUCCCUCUUCGCGUCCCGCGCAAAGCCUUCGUUCAUCACCCCUCCUCUCCUCCAUCCUCCCUCUUCCCUCCAUCCAUCCCAACUCCUCUCCUCCCUCCCGUCCCGGACAGGGAGCUCACGGAAAAGGUCCCGAGUCAAUUUCGGCGUGCCCCGAGUCUGCCCCUUGGCCCGUUGUUGUGAGGGUGCAUUGUUCUUUUUUGCGGCGCAAGUAAACAAGCUGCCCAGGACCAGGCCUGUCCCCGUGCUUUUUUGCUUCCCAGAAGUCGCGUCGCCGCCAACCACAACCACCACCACCACUACACACACACACACACACCUCCUGCUGCACGUUGACGCAGCGCAGCAUUCAUCCAGAGCGAUCAACACUCAAACGGCAGGGUCCUCGAUAACAAUUCUCACUGGCAUCGUGAUCAUCGCGACUUUUUUUGGUCAUUGACCACCAACAACUCCAUCGUCUCAACAUUGAAAGCAGGACGCAAACAGGCUGUUGCGACCCCACGGUGCAUUGUUGCCAAAGCAAAAAGCCAAAGGGACCGACGUUUUGAAACUGCUGUCUGUCUAUCUAUCGGAGUACCUUCUCCCUCCCACUCCCCCAUCGCUCCCCCAUUACCCUAUUCCGCAUCUCCAUCCCCCUGGGUCCGCCAGACUGCGGCUUCCUGCCUCCCACCCGCUCCAGUGCAGCUGAGCUCGUCCCGCCUCAUUUCGGCUUAUCACGCAGUCCAACCAAAACAUUGGGAUUGCUGCUGCACCUCGCACCUGCUUUGCUCUGCGCAUUGGCGGAGGAGAAAAAUGUCUGGUGCGUUCCAGGCACCGCCGCACCAUCCGACGUCAGUUUCUGCCCUGCAGACGCCGCCCCUGAAUACUGCAUCGCCUGUCAAUCGCCAGUACUCGCCUGGCCAUCCAUCGCCAACACAGGAGUACUAUGCCAAUCACAGCCAGCAGCCCUCCAGAGCAUCGCCCGCUGAUUCCUCGUCGCGACACCCUUCGCGGAGACCCAGUGCCACCAACAACGACCAUCUUGCCGACCGCAAUUCCCCGAUGAGCUCUCGCGUCGCCGGCGCCUCGCCCGCUCCAGUGCCCGUGUCUGCGGCAGCAUCUACGGCUUCUCCCGACUUUUCGGCUUCUAAUCAAAGGCGAACCAUGCCUGCCGCCGCUGUCCCUCCCCGGACAUCCAGCUCCCGACGCGCUCCAACCUCGGAAAGAUCCACUGACUCGUCGUCUCGCCGGACACACGGUGACUCGAGCCGCGAAACCAAUGGCAGGAUGGAUUCAGCCGACGAGGCUGCCAUGCAGAACUCACGCAACCACCGCCGGGCGAGCAGCCAGGCAAACAGCACCUACGACCCCCGCACAAACCCAUCGGCACCUGCAGCUGUUCGCUCACCACCUGUUACCACAAACUCGACCAAGGCCCCGUCGAGAGAGGCCAGCGAUAUCCUGAAUAGCAUACUUAUCUCGCAGCCGGAGGUGGACAUUGAACGAGAAAAGGAGCGGUUGGCACAAGCUCAGCCGCACCAACCCGCGGCCAUGCUUGACGACGAUGCAGCACCUCCUCCCAUCGUGAAUGCGGGACACAAUGGCGAAGAGGCUCGGAGAGGUGGAAGGAGUCGUCACGACCACUCGAAAAGAGAAAAGCACACCAAGUUUGGCGAAUACAUUCUCGGUAAUACAAUUGGCGAGGGAGAGUUUGGAAAGGUCAAGCUCGGGUGGAAGCAGGAGGGUGGUGUUCAAGUGGCCAUCAAGCUGAUCAAGAAAGAUCAGCUGGGAAGCAAUCCUUCUCGUAUGGCCAAGAUCAUGCGCGAAGUGGCCAUUUUGAAGCAAUUAACUCAUCCAAACAUUGUCAGGUUGCACAAAAUGGAAGAGUCGGAGCGACAUUACGGCAUUGUGCUCGAGUACGCAUCCGGCGGAGAGUUGUUCGACUACAUUCUGAACCACCGCUAUCUCAAGGACAAUGCUGCCCGUAGAUUGUUUGCACAGCUUGUGUCCGGUGUGGGGUAUCUGCACAAGAAGGGCAUCGUACAUCGCGAUUUGAAGCUGGAGAAUCUUCUGCUGGAUCGCAACCGGAACAUCAUCAUUACCGACUUUGGCUUCGCCAACACGUUUGAUCCUGCCGAGGAACUCAGCGAAGAAGAGGAGCUCAACUUGACGGACCGCGAGUUUGUCAAGCGGAUGGGUCUUGACAGAGUCAAGCCCAGCGGAUCCAGGAAAGGCGAUCUGAUGCAGACUAGUUGUGGCAGUCCAUGCUACGCAGCCCCAGAGCUGGUUGUCAGCGACUCGCUAUACACAGGCAGAAAGGUGGACGUCUGGAGCUGUGGUGUUAUACUGUACGCCAUGCUCGCUGGGUAUCUGCCGUUCGACGACGACCCGGCGAACCCGGAGGGUGAUAACAUUAACCUUCUGUACAAGUACAUUGUCAACACCCCGCUCACGUUUCCCGAAUACGUCACACCUCAUGCCCGAGACUUGCUGCGACGAAUCUUAGUGCCCAACCCCCGCAAGCGCGCCGAUUUGUUCGAAGUCGCCCGUCAUAGUUGGCUCAGCGAGUAUGCACAUGUCGUCGAAUUCAUCACAUCCAGCACCACCACCCCUGGCGAGAUUCAAAACACUACAGUUCCGUCUGAAGACGAUGCGCCAGGCCUGGCACGCAGCGCCUCUGUUCGCGAGGCAUCAAAGAAGACGACGGUUCCUCCUGCAUUGGGUGGAUUGGCGACAAAGCAGGGCACCAUUGAUACCGAAGCUGAGGCGGCUGCGUACGCCAAGCAGCAACGCGAUAACAAGCGCCGGACAGUCCAGGUGGAAUAUGUUGCGCCGAACACUCAGACGCAACGAGGAGAGGCUGCAAGUACCCAGUCUUCUGGUGGCCGCACACGCGCUCGCUCUGGCAGCCAGGGUGCCGUAGAGGUGGUGGACCAGAAUCCUGGUUCGUCCUCUUCACCGGACGACAAACAAAACUCGAGAGACCCGGCGGGAACCAAAGAUGCUUAUGGAAAGCCGCCGGUGUCUUCGCGGAGACCCCCAAGCGCCCACCGCAACGUCAACUCGGGUGCUGCUGCUGUACAGCGCGUCGGCGGUCGCGAUGCCCGUGCUACCUCGGAGACUGCCUUUUUCGGUUCCGCGGCCCCAACAACGAACGCGAGACCCAACACUGGAGGUUCCAUGCAGUCCCUGGGCUCCCGAGCUGCAGGCAACCGUUCCUCGUAUGGCCAGCCAGCACCGCCUGAGCUUGCCGAUACAAAUGCGCAUGGGAAAAUUCAGCAACCACCUAGCCGGGGCAAGAAUUCAUACGGAAUGCCAUCGACGGGAGACGCUCAAAAUACGGAGUACGGGCGGCCCAGCAUCAGCGCCAUUCCUCCCAAAUUCGCCCGUGUCUCGGGGUUCGAGGGUUCACCUUCUGGCUCGGGUACGAACCUCACCAACACUAGCCAGGAAGGAAAGGGACACAAGAGAUCUAGCACAAUGGGUGAGAUUAGUGGCAAACUCUUUGGUCGCAGCGGCUCGCUGUUUGGAGGUAGGAAUCGCAAGCGGCAGCAGGAGCAGCAGGAAAAGAACAAGAGAUACCCGCCCGUCAGCAUGAACAAUGCGCUCGCAGGUGCCGAGGAACCUAGGGUGUCUAUGGACUCGAAGCGAUCUCGCCGGUCGUACUCUAUUGGCCUUGGUAACAAGAGAUCCGGCAGCAUAUCCGGAUCCCAAGGCUCGCAGCAGGAGAAGCAGAACAGGCGGUUUUCAUUUAUGCCUGGCGGUUUCUCUUUCAAAUCGAUGGGCAUUUCAAAAGAUGAGCCUUCGCCUGCUUUGGAUUCACAGCAAGACCUGCCGAUUCAAGAGCCUCCCACGGUUGAUCAGUAUGGUCGAUACGUCGAGCAAGAUGUGGAACGGGAGCAUGUGGAUGCCUCUACCCUUGAUGGAAUGUAUGCUCAGCUUCAGGGACCACCAAGAUCUAACGAUCAGUACGGCCAGCAGCAACCAAGGCCGCAACAACAACAACAACAGCAGCAGCAGCAGCGACAGGAAUAUUCGUCAAAUCAAUACGACGGGCGUCGCCCUUCUAAUGUCGAGGGGUACCAGAGCCAGACGUUGAUGAAUAGCAGCUCGGACCACUCAAUCGACAACAAUAUGCGAAGGCCUGCUGGAUCGGCACCACAGUUGCCACACCUUUCGCCACAAGACACGGCACAAGACGGACGCAGAGUUGCUAGCGGCGGGCGGCCCGGCCGUGGUGUGUUGCAGAAGAACAAGCGGUUUGUUGACGCGUGGGAUUCGGAUGGAAACACUCGGGGACAUGACCACUCUGGAAGUAGUGGGCCUGCACGAAAAGUUAUGGACUUUUUCCGGAGGAGGGGCAAAGCCAGAGCCGGAGAGCUGAACUAGGGGGCUGGCAGGAUGGAGGCUAGUUGCCCAUGUACGGAUGGAAGGAUGUGCGAAUCGUGUCAGUUCAAACUCGGCUGGGAGUAAUCGGGGAGUUGUGUAUGUUGUCGUUGUCGAGAGUUGAGCUCAAGGGCAGGAAUCUUGAGAAUUUUCUGUAUCAUGAAACCUUUUCCACCCCCCUCUCUCUCUCUGCGACCUCGACGAGACUUUGCAUGGCAUGGAAUUUUGUGUUUUUUCAUUAUUCUCUUGGGCGCUUGGGGGUUUCCGGAACGCAAAGGGAACACAGGGCAGGUGGUUUUAUGCUUGAAUGGCGAAUAAGGGUUGUUUUUGCUACGCUGUCAGCUUUUUUAUUUUAAUCUCGCUGUUUAUUUUCUUCAAGAAAGGGGAUGAUUUUUUCGCUUCUUUUUAUGUUGUGUUGUCUUUACCACUUUCAAAGAUGCUUUCUUGUUCUUUUCUUGCGCCUUUUCUUUUUUGUCACUGAACAUUUCCCCCCCCUCUGCCCUCAAGCGCGUUUAUAGCUUUUGAUCAUACUAGUUACCUAUCUCGAGGGGUCGAAGGGGCAUAAGCAUGUACACGGAGGGAGAGUAAGAGAGAUCGAACACACACAAAGAGGGAGGAUUCAAAACAGGGCACUUAUACCUAUAUCACCACACGACAACUUUACUACAAAAGAAGGAGGAAAGCGCGCGAAGAAAGAAGGAGAAAUCAUUAUAUGUCCUUGUAAUAACAUCAACAACAACAAUAACAAUCAGAAAGAUGAGAAAGAUGAGAAGAAGAAACAAAAAGAAGCGUUGCAUUGCUCUUUUUUUUUUUUUUUUUUUUUGUU